CGUACAGCGACCGCAACAACACAAACAGAAGAGUCCGCAGCUAAAACAAGGAAGUGAAGGGCUGAUACAUAGCAUCAUCGACACUGUUUUUAUGUUAUCCAGAAGGCCAAGAUAUACUUUCAGCCUUUGAUACACUUGGAUUGUAGCACACGACAAUUUUGGACAAUGAACAAUAAAGCCUCCUAUCCCCAGCAAGCUGUGUACCCCCCCCAACCUGGCACAGCGCUUUACCCACCCGGAAUGCAGGUCUCCCCCCAGGCACCUCCCUACUCCGAAGCCCCCCCUUCAUAUUCUGAGAUCUACCAGCCCAGGUACAUGCACGCACCCCAGGCUCCAGGCCAGCUGCCGCACAUCUCCGCAGCCUACCCCAGCACGCAGAUGUUUGUACCCCUGCCGCAGACUCUGCCAAUGGGACCAAUGAGCCACACCAUUCCCAUGGCGUACUACCCAGUGGGUGCUCUCUAUCCACCGGGCUCCACAGUGCUGGUGGAUGGUGGCUUUGAUGCAGGAGCACGCUUUGGGCCAGGUGGCAGCGCCACUCUUCCUGCCCCUCCCCCCGGGCACCUGCCCAACGCAGCGCAGCUCGCAGCCAUGCACGGCGCCAACUUGGUGAUGGCACAGCGCAAGAACAACUUCUUUCUGGGGGGUUCCAAUGGGGGCUACACCAUCUGGUAACAUCCAGUACUAUCUGGGCUUCUAUGGCCUUCUUCACCUCAUCAAAAUCCCUCGUCCGUCACCUUCCCCAGGGCUGCUUACUGCAAUACUGAUAUCACCUAACAGAAUGUAAUAUUUUAUUGCCCAACCUCAAGGUGCAGUACUCCGCUUGCCCGAGUCCAUGUAAAGUUGCCCAAUAGGAAGGCAGGGCUACCAAACAGACAGCAGCACGUUGGAAACUUGGAGUACCCCAGGUACCCCACUGUACACCAGGGAUUACAUUGGGGGAAAGCCCCCCUAUUUUUAAGUCAGUGUGUAGAAAAACAGAAAUUGCAUUUUGUCUUCCUCAAAAAAGUGUUUUCCUUCUAAUGCAGCAUUAGGGUCCCUUUUUCAGUUCUUCAACACAUAAGAUUUUAAAUAUGCCUUGUAAUAUUAAUCACAUUCUGAUAUAAAAUUAUACUGUAAAUCAAUUGAUUAUCUAAACCAGAUGGGAUGUUUCAUAUGUAUCCUGUUUCACACAUUCUUUCUUUAGAAUUCCAGUUCAGAACUGUCAGAAGCAGCAUAACAAUGAAAUUAGAUGUGAUGGAAACAGAGAUCAGUGGGUUAGUGGACCUUUCAGAGCAACUAUAGAUGAACAUUAUCAGGUGCCAGAGUUUUCAAUGCACCCUUAUUUAGGAAAGAAAAAAAACUUAGUAGCAUCCUGAAGUUAAUUGCAGUGUAGGUCACAUUGUAGCCUGGAUUGGAAGGAGUGGUUGGCAUCAUAACAUUAAAAUAUGAGUGUCAUUGUGUUUUGCCAGACAUUUAGGUCAGAGUUUGCUUCAGUACAACUUAAACUGUCUAGCACAUGUCCUGUAACGUUUUCUAGCAUGUAUAGUUACUGUAUAUCAUUUAUUUUUUCUUACCCAAAGCAUAAUUAGUAUAUCAUUUUAAUAUCCUUCCUAAAAUAUGGGUAAUGAUCAAAAGGCUACAUUUUUAUAUUCGAAACAAUUAUAUUGAUAAUCUAGAGUUAAUUACAGUGUAUAAUCAAUUGAUUGUUUAAGGAGGCUGGAUACAGUUUAAUGCUGAAUAACAUGCAGUUUCACUUUAUUAAAGAGAAAAUUCCAGUGAAAUUUUAACAUGUGAGCAUUGUGAUAUAUCAGCCCAAGUAUGUAUUGUAGAUAUUCCCAGAGGUGGUCUCUUUUCCUUGAAAGAGAGUGUUUAAGUGAGACCAUUCUGAGGUAAUGCUAUAGUGUUAAGCAAAGUUAGUCAGUCUUUUAUGGUGGGCUAAGUUUUAGACCUUAAACUUAAUGUUAUACUUUAUCUCUCCAUUUAUUAUUCAGUGGCUGUCACUUAUUUUUAAAUAUUACAUAGUCAAGUUUAAGGAAAAGAAAUCAAGAGUAAUGGUUCCAUUGCACAACUACCAGAGUGAUGCAGUUCAGCUUCAAAAUUGUCUCAUAUAUCCCCUGUAUAUAAUUAUAAUAAUAAAAAAAUAAUAAUUUUAUAAUGAUAUUCUAAAAUCAUCAAAGCCUGAUGUUUGAAAUAUAAUUUGCAUAAAAGUACUCAGCUAGUCAGACACUGCAAAAUUAGUGAUUCAUUAUCUUUCCUGAAAUGUAAAGGCUAUCUGCCAGUAUUACAUACAUUGAUGAAUGAUGAAACACUAAUGUGCUAAUGCACAUGCACUUAAUGACAGAGCAUCAUUAUUUCUACACUUACAUAACUGCAAAGCUGGUGCUUAUUCAUGCUUUUUGACGUAAUUAUUGCUCAGCAUAGACAUUUGCUUGUUUAAACGCCUUUACUUUCAGUUAGUUUUAGAUACUGGGUAUCUAAUCGGGCGGCACGGUAGCACAGUGGUUUGCAUGGUUACCUCACACCUCUGGAGACCCGGCUCUACCUGAAUGGAGCUUGCAUGUUCUCCUUGUGUCGUCAUGGAGUUUCCUCCAGGUUCUAUGGUCCCUCCGCUCCCCGUCUAAAAAAAUGCUGAGGUGAAUUGGAGAUGCCAAAUUGUCCGUAGAUGUGAAUAUGUGCGCGUGAAUGGCAUGUGUGCUCUGCAAUGGGUUGGCACCCCAUCCUGGGUUGUUUCCUGCCUUGCACCCAUAGCUUCAACGAUAUGCUCCAGACCCCCACGCCCCUGCAUAGGAGAAGUGGGUAUGGAUGGAUGGAUUGAUGGAUAUGUAAUCUAACAAUGUUUUUCUGCUUAUGCACUACAAACAAGACUCCUUGAAUCUACAAGCUUCUCGUCUUCCCAUUGUGAAUACAUUUCAUAAUAGCACUUGCACUAAUAUUUAAUAUCCAUGGACUUAACCUUUAUUAUUCUCUCCAAAAAACAUCUAACAUUUCUUUAAAGUACUUCUAUUAGUGCAAAAAAAAGAGACCCACUCAUGUUGUUUUCCUGGUUUUCCACCGGUUAUUGCGCCUUCCAUAAGGGGACGUGGCAGGGUACAGUACUCUCAGAGUAACCAGAGUUCUGCUCACUAUCUGUUAAGGGCGCCAAUCAAACUUUAGGGUGAAAUACAUUUCUGUGUAGUAAUUGUGGACAUGAAUAGUUCAGGGACUGUCUUACAUUUUUAUAUGUACAUAUAUAUUAAAACCAAUGGAUUCUGGUGAAUAUAUUUUAUCUUCUGAGGUGUUUGAGAAAGAUUUGAAUGUCACUGUGUGCUGUGUGUAAAGAAUUUGGACACUUGACAAAAGGACAUUGGAAAAGAUUUUGUAGUGGAGCUGUGGUGCACUUAACUUUUUAUACUAAAUGUAAAAGAAAGAUUAAAAUUUAAAAUAAAGAGAGAGUAUUUUGGAAA